AUGACGGGCUCCAUCUUCAAGGACGAUUUGUUUAAAGGCAAGGUCGCUUUCGUGGUGAGUCCUCGAGUUCGAUGAGGCGUCCGUUCGGCUGGGGUGGGGCUCUGGAUCGGUGCUCGAGCUCGGGACGAGCCAUGGGUCCUGGACGUCGGAUAGGCCGAGAGGUUCAAUCUUGCUGACGUAUAUGUAUGCUUGUGUUUUGUGAACAGACCGGAGGCGGUAGUGGUAUCUGUUAUGGCAUGGUCGAAUCGUUGAUGCGCCGUGAGUUCGCCAUCCCGCUCGAAAGCUCGGAGAUGCCGAGCCACUGCUCCCGAGCCAGCCAUAUGUUUGAGCACCACUGACUCAACCCCAAUAACUGUCCAUCUGAUUUACUUACCCCGCCCUCCUCCCUCUCCAGACGGCGCCAACGCGACUAUCCUCGGCCGUCGCGAACAAGUCAUCACCGAAGCCGCUGCAACUCUUUCAAAGGCAACGGGCCAACAAUGUCUCGGCGUUUCGGGCGAUGUGAGGAAGCCUGAGAGUCUCAAGGAGGCGGUGAGAAAGACGGUCGAGAAGUUUGGGAGGAUCGAUUUCGUGAGUUCUCGAGGUUCGAGAGGCGAUUUCGAGGUGGGAUUAGGUGUGUGGGGGAAGUUUUGCUAAUCCGCAGAGUUUUUCGGGGUUUGCUUGUCCGGCGGGUGUAGGUCAUUUGCGGAGCUGGUCAGUUAUUUAUGUUCGCCUUUGUAUAAUCGAACGGAGAAUCGUCAGACUGACAUGCUCGUGGUACUAUCCAUCCAAAGCCGGCAACUUUCUGUCGCCGAUCUCGGGCAUGUCCGAAAACGCUUUCCGAACCGUGCUUGAAAGUCAGUUUCGAUCUCGCAUCCGCAGUAAGUUACUACUAGCGAGAUGGAAGCUGACUCCUACCAGCCGUACGCAUCCGCAGUCGACUCGAUGGGCACGUUCAACACGUUCAAAGCGACGAUCGACGAGGUGAAAAAGACCCAAGGCGCCUACAUCGCCAUCUCGGCGACGCUCCAUUACAAAGGCACGGUCAUGCAGGCCCACGUCUCGGCCGCUAAGGCCGCGAUCGAUUCGUUGUUUAAUGUCAUCGCUGUCGAGUAUGGUCCUCUGGGUGUUCGAGCGAAUGUACGUCUUCCUAGCCCCAUCGCUAAUUGAUGUGGGGCUCCCAAAACUGACCACUUCGAAACUUGGGUUUCCGACAGAUCAUCGCCCCCGGUCCCAUCGACGGUACGGAAGGUGUCGCCCGCUUGAUCCCCAAGGAGAUCAUCGAAGAGUCCAAAAAGUUGAUUCCCCUCGGUCGCAACGGCACGAUCGAGGACAUUGCCAACUCGGGCGUGUUUCUCUUCUCCCCCGCGGCGAGUUACAUCACAGGCUCGGUCUUGGUCGUUGAUGGUGGACAGGUGAGGGAGACGAGUUCGAUGAGACGAUGUAGUGUGUGCGUGGAACUGAUUAUUGUGAUUUUUCCGUUCUGCAGUGGCACAACGGCUCGAUGAGUCGCUCGAUGACCUAUCCGGACUUUUUGCUCGAAGGCGGUGACACCAGGUCCGCGUUGGCGGCCAAGUUGUAG